AUGAGCUCGUCUUCGAAACGGUUCACAGUUAUCGUUGAAGGAAACAUCGGUUGCGGCAAAUCCACUUUUCUACGUUUUUUCGAUCAGCUAUCCAACAACACUGAAGUUCUGCAUGAGCCUCUUUAUUUAUGGAAAGAUUCCAGAGGAUACAAUCUAUUUGAACUUAUGUACAACGAUGUCGCCAAGUGGGCUGUUCCAUUCCAAGCUCAGGUGCUGGUCACCCUAUUGGAUCGGCAGUUGAAACCACAGACCGCUCCCGUGCGUCUUGUUGAGCGAUCGGUUUACAGCACCAGAUAUUGUUUUGUGGAACGCAUGCAUGAAGACACGCCACAAUGCCACAGCUCACUUCUACAAUUGCACGGAGCUUCCUAUUCUGAAUCUAGUCCACAUUCCUGA